AUGUUCGCCCUUUAUCUCACAGCCGAGCUCAACGGAGUCACGAAUCUCCGCCCCGAUGAUAGCGAGAGUAACCCCUUCUGGUACACCUUCAAAGUUCAGUGCACAUCCUGUCGCGAAGUUCAUGACAAGACCGUCGGCGUCAACCGCUUUGACGAAAAUGAAAUGAGCGGCAGCAGAGGCGAGGCCAACUUCGUCUGGAAGUGCAAGAACUGCAAGCGCGAGUCUUCCGCUUCCGUAAAGGCCGCCCCAGCUUCGUAUGAACAAGGCGAGCCCGCGAAGCAGCAAAAGAUUCUCGAGUUCGACUGCCGUGGACUCGAGUUUACCGAGUUCAUACCCGAAGGCGAGUGGCUCGCCGAGGGCAUUGAUUCAAACAGCAAGUUCUCUGCUAUUGAGCUCACGGACGGCGAGUGGUAUGACUACGACGAGAAGGCAGGAGAGGAAGUGAGUAUCAAGGAUCUAAAGUGGGAAGUCAAGCGUGCUUGA